ACUUACAAAGGCAGUUUGGCUACACUUCCACUGCCUUGCCUUCCUAAUCCUCUUUUCACUCUGUCACUCCAAACAGAGGAAGAAAAGAAAGCAAAUCAAAGAAGAAAAAUGGCUUCCUCCACUCACUCAACAACACUCUCUCUACGUUUACCCUCUUAUGCUCCACCCACUUCCUCUUAUCCUACGCACCCUCCCCUUUUCAAAACCCCUUCUCUCCAAUUCCCUCCCCGUUCCGCCACUCCUCCUAAACUCACCCACCGUUCCACCGCCCUCCGCCCUCUCAAUGCCACUGCCGCGCCCGAAAAAAUCGAAAAACUCGGCACCGAAAUCUCCAACCUAACCCUCGAGGAAGCCCGCACCCUUGUCGACUACCUUCAAGAGAAACUCGGCGUCUCCGCCGCUGCUUUCGCCCCCGCAGCCGUUCCAGUUGCCGCCCCCGGUGGUGCUGAUGCCGGAGAGACUGUUGUCGAAGAGAAGACUGAGUUCGAUGUGGUGAUCGAGGAGGUUCCUAGCAAUGCCAGGAUUGCGGUGAUUAAAUCCGUUAGGGCUCUGACAAAUUUAGCUUUGAAAGAAGCGAAAGAGUUGAUUGAAGGUUUGCCCAAGAAGUUCAAAGAAGGAGUUUCGAAGGAGGAAGCCGAUGAUGCCAAGAAACAACUUGAAGAAGCUGGAGCUAAAGUUUCCAUUGCUUAGAACAGCCUUUCGAAGGAUAAGUAGUUGCAACUUGAGUACUUCACAGUUUAGGGGUUUUUUUUGCAUUGGAUAAGGACUCAAAUCAAGUUCUUCUCAAAAUUUAUUCGAGGUUGAGCUAAGGUCGUCCCUUCCAGUAUUGUUUUGUAAGUAUGUAGUCGAAUUCAAAUUCUUUAGUUAAUUCGUGUGGGUAUAAAAUUGUGAUUGGGAUGGUGAGAAAGCUCUUUAAUAUCUAUCUUAUCUAAAUCUGAUUCGACUCAA